GAAGCUGAGAAGAUGCGCUUGUUUGAAUCCACUGGCCUUCUCCAAAAAGUUAAGCAGAGGGAAGCAGAACUAGCCAAACAGCAUACGACAUCAACCGAGUAUUUGUGGCAAGCAAUCUUUAUGAGUAUUCCUUUUGCCUUCCUUCUCGGAACCUUUGACAUCACCGUCAAGGUUCAAUUCUCUGAACCCUGGACUUACUCUGGUCUCCUUAUAAAAUCAUUGAAAUCAAUUCCAGCUCUCAUUCCAUUUAUCUACUUGACCAAUCGUUACAAGUCGUCUAAUAUCACCCAGACUAUCAUGGCUACAAGUUCUGUAGUAGUUGGAUCUUUCCUUCUUUAUACUAUGCACCAUUCGCCAUCACUGGGGCAGAUGAUGCGUGCACCGGGAUUAGCUACCAUUUGGGUAUAUUUUGUUGUCCAACUUAAUCUCCUACCGGCAGUUAUUUCCCUACUGAUUUCCGCUACCUACUGGUAUUUU